AUGAGCUCCUUACUCAAUCCCAUCCAUAGUGCGAAGCAGAAAUGCCGUCCCAAGCAUCAAGUCCUGGUGCUGAAAUGCUAUCCGAAAUACCAAAAGACGGUACAGGAGGUCAAACCCAUGUCGUCGGAGCUGAGUUACCUUCUCUACUACGCUUCGACACGUCGCAACAAGCUGCAAAAGGUUGGCGCCUUCCUUGAGAAGAAGACUGCCGGUGAUGUCUGGAAAAGAAGGCUUGGGAACGUCCAGGUCACCCUCCAGAUCCUCACUGCCAUCAUUGAAAAGGCUCCUCGAGACCUGUCCCUCUAUGCGAAAUCCGUCCUCACCAUCCUCGACUCUGUCCUGCGAUCCGACGAUGUCAACAUGGUCGAAGACUCGAUCCCUACAUUCGAAGCGUACUGCAAGUACGUGACCUCUGCCUCUCUGACUGCCGACCAGCAACGCGCUCAACAGUAUCUCUCGAUUGUCCAACACUAUGCUGGCUUUGCGGCCAAGAAGAAGCCUGCGAAAACGAGGACCGCCGACUCAAUUCCUCUGUCCCUGAGAUGGCGCACUAUCGGCCUCCGCGCCAUCCGAGCCGUUGUUACUUCCGAUGCGCUUGCGACCGACUCCAAUCGCCAAUUGACUAUGGUCAUGCCUGUCAUUUUAGAGAACAUGUCGCUCGAGGAAGAGAAUAUUCUUUCCACGCUACAGCAGCGGGCAAAGACGAGCGAGAGGAUGGACGAUGAGUCGGCUCGGCGGAGACGCGUGAGUAUUGCUACAGUCACAACUGUUGACACCAUUGAGGGUGAUCCAGCAGCAGCCGUCGAGACCACCGCGGGAGCAGAUAAAGUUGCCGAAGAGGAGGUACGAACACUCGCUUUGAGGUGCUUGAAGCAGAUCUUUUCCGUCGGGACUGGCAGCACAAGAGGCCAGACUCGAUUGGCUACGGCCCUGACCUUGAAAUUCAUCGCGUCGAAGAACCCUCCGAAAGUCACUCCUGAAGCAUCACGUACCGGUAGCUGGGCCACUUCUCUGUUCGAAGCUAUUGCACGGUGGACUCCAGUACAAGAUCGAUUCAUCAUUGUAGUUACAGCCAUGGAAACAUUGGUCCGGAGUCCUAUGGUGGAGGGCGUGCUUGAAAAACAGUUGGUUCUUACCACCAUGAUUGAUUGGCUUCUUAGUUCGCCAGUCAACCUGAUUGGACUGAGUGUCAUGGAUAUCCUGCUCGGAUUCAUCCAACAUAUGCUGGUUCUUCUCCAGCUUGGUGGACCCAAUGCUCGGCUCGGACAAACGCAUCGACAGGACACGCUUGGCUUUUACAAAGAAGCAAAGGAAGCAUUCGACCCCAGCUCGGUCCUGGUCGAAAACAAGAUGGGACGGCCGCCGUCAAAAGAGCUGGUGGCGUCUCCGGUCCGACAGGAAUUGCUAGAGAGGCUCCAAAAGUGUAUUGCCUCGCUUUCCAAUCACAUCUACUAUACCGACCAGAUCAGUGACAUGCUCACGGCGAUCUUGGCUCGCCUGAAACCGUCACCUCAAUCAGAAGUCCCCACUACAGCUGCUGCUAUCAAUGACCCGGCAGCGGCGACAAAGGCGAUAGCGGAGUCUAUCAGCAUUCAUGAAGAUGCCAACUCAUCUACGUUUUUCUCGUUCGCAACCGCUAGGGUCACUGCGUGUCGAGUUAUCAAGGAAAUCUUGGUUCGCGCGAAUAGCAAACGUAAUGUGACCGGCGCGCCAAUCGAAGCACGGGCACGAGUGGGUUUGCAGGUUUGGGAAGGCACUCAAUGGCUGUUGAAGGACGAAGAUCGAGACGUCAGAUUCGCCUACAUUGACGCGCUUCUGACAUGGCUUAAACUCGAAACCAACAAAAGCGACAUGCUCUUGCCCAAGGAUGGCCACCAAAAGAAGUCACAAUCGAAGAAACCCCAGGGGGACAAUAUAGCCGCGAAAAGAGCGGUAUCCAACGCUUCCCGCAAAGAAACCAAGCCAGCAAGAUCCAAUUUCUUGGCUUUGCUUCACCUCGCGGUAUACGACAGCAUCUUGGACGAGGCAGAGGACGAAACAAAUAUCCUACUACUAUACCUUCUCUUGACGAAAUUGGUGGAGCGCCUUGGGGUCAACGCUGUUCGGAGUUCGUUGCCCAUGAUUCUCAGGCUGCAGGAGACUGCCCUCAAUGGUGAAGUCGUGGCUCCAGCAGGAAGAGUCAAUGUGGGUAGUGUUGUCCAUGGCUAUCUGUGGACCAUUGCCGAUAAGUUCGACUUUGAGACCAGCCCGAUUGGCCAUGAGAUCAACGCAGAGAUAUCGAGAAGGAAACGAUUCGGCAUUUGGUUUGACAAGAUCAAGUUUCCCGCCUUGCCUAUGGAGGAGAUCAAAUCUAUUUCGGCAGGAGAUGAGAAGCGCCCUACAUACAACGAGGAGGCUGUGGAGACCAUCAAGCCUUUCCUCUCAGUUGGCGGUAUUGUAGAGGAAAUCGCCAAUGCUUAUGACCAGGCCCUCCUCACACCACCGACGUCAGCUCCAUCUUCGCCUGGCAGAGUCUUCUCCGUGCCAACACUAGGAUUCGGAUACGGUUACGGAGCUGCUCCGUCGCCAAAGGCGUCAAGGGAGGACCAACUGCCGCAAAAGGUCAAAGAAGAAAUGACCGCAGGUUGGAGUCGAGAAGCAUGUAUUGCUGCCGUCGAAAAAGAAAGUGCAGUAUCCGUGAGCGGGUCUCGAACUGGCGCGUCCUCCAUCCCAAAGCAACAUCUUGGCGUCAAUGGUUCUACCCGUCCGCAUGGUUCAGUCACCGGCAAGGAGUCACCUGCCCUGGCCAAUGGCAAUAUGAACCCCGGGUACGGAUUGAUGGGCGGCUUGGGAAGUCUUACGCAGAUGCGCAGACCAAGUGCGAACGGUUCGCCAGCAAGAGUGCCUACAACAUCCAGCCGAGACUCCACCGUCCGGGUUAACGACCUCAAACGAGCACUCUCAGGAUAUGCUGUGGCUGGAAGACGACAAAGUCCAGUGCGAGGGCCUCAAGCAGGUUCCAGGAGAUCUACGGGUAGUAGUGGGACCAGCAGCAUGCUUAGUUGGGAUGAUGCUGACGACCGCAACCCGUCAUUCGUCAAUGUCGGUGGAGACAUGGAGCAGGCAACGAGAGAGUCACCUACUCGACCAAAAACAUCCGAAUCGGCAAAAUCCAAAGCAGAUCAGACAACGACUAGAACAUAUCACGAUCAAGCAACCAUUCCUGUUACAGCCGACCCUACGUCCGAUACGAACGUCCCGCCUGUACCUAAAAUACCAUCGACAUUAAAUCUGCCCGGGACGUGGCCUCGAGAUGCUUCUCGAGAACCAUCGCCCGUCCGGGUGACGGACCAGAAGCCCUCGCCCAUACCAGAAACUCCUAAAUCACGAAAGGUCACAACCGGUACGUACUCGCCUGCAUCCACACGAGAAAAACAGAGCAUUCGAAAGUCAUCAAGACCUACAAGCAGAAAGGGUGUGACGCCGCUGUCAUCAUCGCCCAGUGAGAAGUUUGAUCUUGGGUCACUGCUGGCGGCGAUACCUACUACAGCGGAUUUGGAAAAGGAGAAUCGAGCCAGUCGGCACAUACGGCCACCAUAUUAG